AUGUCUAAGUUUGGGUUUGGACACAGUAAACUUCAAUAUGGUCUAAUGAGGUCAGUGUUUGUAUUAUCAUUUGCAUCCCUUAUAGGAAUUGCUCUCUUUGCACGUUUCCUUUGGACCUCAUCUUCUUCCAUUUCUUUUACUUAUCAAUCCAUUGCAUCCCUCAACCGGACUGUUGAGGAAUCUAUAGUUAAUGUUGUUUCCAGUGACAAUAGCAUCAAGCUGCAGGGUCACCAGAAAGAAGCUUCUAAAGAUGUCAAUAACAAUAUUAAAGGGAGAGUCUUGUCUGCCACUUUUGCUGAUUUACCAGCACCAGAGUUAAAAUGGGAGCAGAUGCCAUCAGCACCUGUGCCUCGUCUUGAUGGUUAUUCAGUACAGAUCAAGAACCUUUUAUAUGUGUUUGUUGGGUAUGCCAACCUUGACCAUGUACAUUCUCAUGUUGAUGUAUACAAUUUCAGUGAUAAUACAUGGUGUGACAAAUUUGAUACCCCAAAAGACAUGGCAAAUUCACAUUUGGGAGUGGCAACAGAUGGGAGAUACGAAAUGGCAUCGAUUGCCCCCGUUACCGGCACCAAGGUAUGCUCCUGCAACUCAAUUAUGGAGAGGCAGACUGCAUGUGAUGGGGGGAGCAAGGAAAAUCGCCACACACCGGGAGUUGAUCACUGGAGUAUUGCAGUAAAGAAUGGAAAAGCAUUGGAGAAGGAGUGGCGCACUGAAAUACCUAUUCCCCGUGGAGGACCACACAGGGCCUGUAUUGUGGUCAAUGAUCGGCUUUUUGUCAUUGGUGGUCAAGAGGGUGAUUUCAUGGCUAAACCUGGGUCGUCUAUUUUCAAGUGUUCUCGAAGGAAAGAGGUAGUUUAUGGCGAUGUUUAUAUGCUAGAUGGUGAAAUGAAGUGGAAAACUUUACCGGAAAUGCCAAAACCCGACUCCCAUAUUGAGUGUGCUUGGGUUAUUGUCAACAACUCAAUUAUCAUCACUGGAGGUACUACAGAAAAGCACCCAAUUACCAAAAGGAUGAUGCUGGUUGGAGAAGUGUUCCAAUUCCAUUUGGACUCCCUGACAUGGUCAGUGAUUGGAAAGCUUCCUUUCCGCGUAAAAACUACCCUUGCUGGUUUUUGGGAUGGCUGGUUGUACUUUACAUCAGGGCAGCGGGACAGAGGACCAGAUAAUCCACAGCCAAAGGAAGUCAUUGGACAGCUGUGGAGAACCAAAUUGCACCUGUGA